UACUCUCAACACAGAAUAUAAUCUUUUGUGUCUUUUAAUUAAUCAUAAUGAGGAAGCCUGAGGCAUUGGGUGGGACGACGACGACGACAAAGCUCCGAAAGGGGCUCUGGUCACCUGAAGAAGAUGACAAGUUGAUGAGCUAUAUGCUUAACAAUGGCCAAGGUUGCUGGAGCGAUGUCGCUCGUAAUGCCGGUCUUCAACGCUGUGGUAAGAGCUGUCGUCUCCGUUGGAUCAAUUACUUACGCCCCGAUCUCAAACGUGGCGCCUUCUCUCCCCAAGAAGAACAUCUUAUCAUCCAUUUGCAUUCCCUUCUUGGCAACAGAUGGUCUCAAAUUGCGGCGCGAUUACCGGGAAGAACCGAUAACGAAAUCAAGAACUUUUGGAACUCGACCAUUAAAAAGAGGCUCAAGAAUUUGUCCUCUUCACCAUCUUCGAACACCAGCUCCGCCGGCUCUCCCUCCACCGACUCAAAACCCAAUAUUUUUGGCGGCCUCUUAUCGGGUCAAGAUCAACAACAACAACCACAAGGGUUAAUGGAUGACUUUCCCAUCUACGCUUCCGAUCCCGCACCUUCCAUUAUCGCCCUUGAUCCCUUCCCUUUCCUCGCUGCCCACGGUGGACCAUUCUUCCCCGCCACCACCGCGACCUUCACCACCGGGGUCGAACCGGGUUAUUUCCAGGAAGAUGAGAGUUUCUUUAGUAAUCUCCCUCUUUUGCAAAGUGUUAACACUACCACCGCCGAGAGAAGCUUAAAAACCGAAACCGUAGUUAAAGAAGCUAACCAUAGUAAUUACUUAAUGAACAACAUCAACUGCCUUGCUAAUCAUAAUAAUAUUAGCAACAAUAAUCCAAAGAUUGAUAACAACAUCAAUGGUGGGGUUGGAGCAAAUUUUCUUCAUGAGGAAUUUUCAAUUGGCGAAUGGGACUUGGAGGAUUUGAUGAAAGAUGUUCCUUCUUUCCCAUGUCUCAAUUUUCAAGUCCAAUAGUAAACCGAGAAAUUAUUCGAAGAGACCACAACAAUAUACACGGAUAAUUUUAUCCUUGAAGAAAAUAGAGGGAAAAAAGACUUAUAUCGAGACGGUCACAUUAUAUAAUUUUUCGAGAUGUAUAUUAACACUUUCACAGGGAUAUAUUUAGGGUUUGGCUAGAUUAUUCAUAUCUAUCUUUUCUAGAUCUUUAUAAGUUUUCAUCUUCUUUCCUUUCUGCAAACUUUUUUUUAUUAUUAUUAUUGAAAAGCUGUUCAUAUAUAAUGUGAAGUAAUAAUAAUAAAAGAAAAAAGGUCUAAGGGUUGUGGUAUAUAGACAUUGAAGACCCUUGAAAGGCACUCCAUUAAAGAGAGCUAUGCUUUAAGAUAGAGAAAGAAAGGGAGAAAGAGAAUUAACAAUAGAUUAUUGUAUACAUGUAGUUUACUACUAUUGUAAAACAUGCAUGUACAAAAAGAUAUAUGAAUAUGUUAGUUGGU